AACAAAGGUAUGAGGGUGCUGGUGGAUGCUCGAGAGAAGCUUCAUAUUCCUUGGGGAGAUAAUGCAAACCAGCUCCAUGGAGACAAGAUGAUGGCUUUCGACACACGGGCCCCCAUGGCAGCCCAGGGAAUGGUGGAAACACGGGUCUUUUUACAAUAUCUUCCUGCUAUACGAGCAUUAUGGGCAGACAGCGGUAUACAGAAUGCCUAUGACCGGCGUCGAGAGUUUCAGCUGGGUGAAUCUGUAAAAUAUUUCCUGGACAAUUUGGAUAAACUUGGAGAACCAGAUUACAUUCCAUCACAGCAAGAUAUCCUGCUUGCCAGAAGACCCACCAAAGGCAUUCAUGAAUACGACUUUGAAAUUAAAAAUGUUCCCUUCAAAAUGGUUGACGUGGGUGGUCAGAGAUCAGAAAGGAAACGUUGGUUUGAAUGCUUCGACAGUGUGACAUCAAUACUUUUCCUUGUUUCCUCAAGUGAGUUUGACCAGGUGCUUAUGGAAGAUCGACUGACCAAUCGCCUCACGGAGUCUCUGAACAUUUUUGAAACAAUCGUCAACAACCGGGUUUUCAGCAAUGUCUCCAUAAUUCUGUUCUUAAACAGGACAGACUUGCUUGAGGAAAAAGUGCAAAUUGUGAGCAUCAAAGACUAUUUCCUAGAAUUCGAAGGGGAUCCCCACUGCUUAAGAGACGUCCAAAAAUUCCUGGUGGAGUGUUUCCGGAGCAAACGCCGGGACCAGCAGCAGAAACCCUUGUACCACCACUUCACCACUGCCAUCAACACGGAAAACAUCCGCCUGGUCUUCCGUGACGUGAAGGAUACUAUUCUUCAUGACAACCUCAAGCAGCUUAUGCUACAGUGAUGAACAAAGACUUGCUGUUCUAAUACCUUUUUGUUUUUGAUGCUUUCUGUUUGUUUUGUUUUUUAAAAUAGCAGUUUACAACAGGAAUUAGAAAAUCUCGAAUCUGUAUUUAACAUCUUGGAAAUCCAAGUCCCCUUUCUGCGGCCUUUGGUUUGCGGCUGAGCGCUGUUGAAGAACACGUCACAGAGACCUGCCGCCGCGCAGGCUGAUCUGCCCUGCCACGCCUUUCGUCUGAGUCGAGCUGCUGUAGCCUGGCUGACCUCAGACUUCGGCUUCUUCCACUUUCAGAUGGAAUGCUCCUGUAGUGCCAAGUGCAGAGGUGUCCUUAAGUGACUGUAGGUCUGAGGCUGGGGAUAUACAGGCCUGGAGCAAGUCCGAUGUCUUCAGUCCACCUGACGUUUGGCGACACUUGUUGCCUAGCUUACGGCAGCCUCCUGUGUUG